AUGUCAGAGCCGCGGAAAAAUCAUCUCACUAUAGAUGGCGGCCAAGGACGGGAAGACGAACAUGUCGUUGCUUCUUACAAGCCUAUUCCAGAAUCUGAUACAGGCUUUCGAACAUCCAAGUCGAACUUGUCCAAGUCGAAGGAGAAGGUGUCGGCAGAAGAAGAGAAGCUUCUGGAGAAGGAGGACGAAGCGAAGAUAACGACGCGCGUAGACAUGGCGGACGCCAAGUAUGUGGUUGGUGACCAUAGGAACGGUGACGCCAAGAUAGAACUAGACGCUAACAAGCGGCAAUUCUCCGGACUGACGAAGGAGGAGCUGAUGAAGUAUGCAGACGAUCCCUUCUGGGUGCGGCUGCGUUGGUUCAUGUUCAUCAUGUUCUGGGCUCUCUGGCUGUGCAUGCUCGCGGGGGCUAUUGCUAUCAUAGUGCGUGCGCCUAAAUGCGCCCCACCACCGCCUAAGACUUGGUAUGAAAAGGGCCCCUUGGUGGAUAUGUCCUCCGUGGAUAACUUUGAGAACCUGGAAUCCGAACUGCCACUUCUGCAAAACUCUCAAGUGGAGGGCAUCUUCACCUACGUCUGUAAAGAUACGUACGAAGUUCUGGAGACUCCCGACUGUCUCCAACAAUUUAAAGACUUCGUCACUAAGGCCAAGAAGUACAGCAUCAAAGUGAUCGUGGACCUGACGGCCAACUUCGUGUCCAAAAGCCACACUUGGUUUGCGCUGAGCGAAAACCGUUCUGCAGAAUAUGAUAACUACUUCAUCUGGGCAAAGGGCGGGGAUUACGAUGAGGCCGGGAAGCCUCAAGUGCCUAACAACUGGGUAUCAACCCUGGACACCCCUGCAUGGUCUUGGAGUGAGCAGCGACAGGAGUUCUAUUUGCAUCAGUACGGUGAAGACCAACCUGACCUCAACUUCACCAACCCGGAUGUUGUGAGGCAAUUUGACAAAGUGCUCAAACUCUGGAUGGAAGCAGGUGCUGAUGGAAUCAGGCUUCACAAGGCCCGUCAGCUGGUUGUGAACGCGUCCUUAGCGGAUGAGGUUGCGGAUGCGGGCAGCGGGAUAGCUCGCGAAGCCACACACUCGCAGUACAAGUUCUGGAGGCACCGGCACACCAGCGACCUGCCUGCUUUGGAACCUCUGCUGGCACAUUGGGCACACCUCGUAGACCACACCCCCCCUGCCACCGGAGCAGGUGAGACGGUGUUCACGUUAGCGGAAGAGCGCCGGCCUGAGCUAUUCCUGUUGCGUCACAACUUAACCUCCCUGCGGCCGCCCUCAGCCGCGCCCAUACAAGUCUCCAACGCGGCUGAAGUGGUCGUCAGGCUUAGGAACCUACUGCCAUAUUGGCCUGCGAUACAGCUGGUAGACGAAGAGGAGACCAAUGAGGAGUUGUCGUCGCUGGCGCUGCUGCUGCCGGCUGCACCCGUGGUGGACAUCAACCAGCUCGGCGUCGACAACAACACCACUGAUAGCUCCCACUUCAGUCAGAUGGCCGCAAUGCGGCAAGACUCCAGUAUCGAGCAUGGCCUCUACAGUAUAGCGGCUGUGCCAGCACAAAACUCCACUAACAAACUCAUUGCUUGUGCCAGGUGGAAAUCAGGCCACACCGGUUACGCGGCCGUGUACAACCCCAAUUUAGAGGAGGCACGUGCAAAUCUCACUUCGCUUAGCACCGUGCCCAGCUCAUUAACCAUACAUCAUGUUUCACUUAACGUGAAACUUUAUACCAAUUACACAAACAAUGCGGCGGUGAACAGCGACGAUGUGCUCGUGCCGCCAAAAUCCACCGUGGUGCUGUCCUAUGUACCGAACACCACAGUCGAGAACUGA